AUGAGCUCAAUCAAGGACCUCAAAGUACACAGAGGCUGGGCCGGCCAGGGGGCCCACGUCUGGUCCCCGUUCGUCGUCAAGCUCGAGGCCCGGCUACGCUUCGCAAGUGUCCCUUAUACCACGGGGGAAGGCGGCCCGAGGGGAGCCCCGAAGGGGAAGAUCCCAUACGUGGAGUUUCAGCCGUCAGGCGGGGACGACGUUGUACAAAUGGGAGACUCGACGCUCAUCACGAAGCACUUCGUCGAGGAGGCGGGCCUGCCGGACCUCAACGGGAAGCUGUCCCCCGAGGACCGCGCCCGGGACCUGGCCACAAGGGCGCUGCUGGAGGAGAAGUUGUGCUUCUAUCAUACAAAAGAGAGGUGGCUAGACCACUACUACGUCAUGCGCGACCACGCAUUGUCCUCGAUACCGUGGCCCAUGCGUGUGCUCAUCGGCCAGAUCGUGUACCGCAACCACAAGGCGAUGCUGUACGGGCAGGGGACGCUGCGGCUGUCGGACGAGGAGAUCAGGGCGUCGAAGCGCGAGAUCUGGGACAGCAUCAACGGCGUCCUGGUUGCCGUGCGAUCGUCGCAGGCUGCUGGAUCGCCCGGGCGCGCCGAGUCGAAGAGACGGCCGUUUUGGUUCCUUGGGGGCGAUGAGCCGACCGAGGUUGAUACGACGCUUUUUGGGUUCAUCGUGUCUGUUUUGUUGAGUACUGCUGGUCCCGAGUCACAGAGCAUUGUCAAAGGGUAUCCGGUAGUGGUCGAGUAUGCUGAGAGGAUACAUGACACGUAUUUCCCGGACUAUCAAAACAAAAUCGCCACGACCGGCUACGAGCCGCACCCCAGCGGCAAGCAGAUGAACGCCGCUCAAUGGACAGGCAAGAAGUCCAUCACCCUGGGCACCGUACCUCGCCCCGGUAUCACAGCCCCAGCAGACGCCAUCGUGCGGGUCACACACUGCACCAUCUGCGGCUCAGACUUGCACAUGUACGCAGGCGACCUGAACGCCGCCAUGCAGGAGGGCGACGUAAUGGGCCACGAGGCGAUCGGGAUAGUCGACGAGGUCGGCCCGGACGUGAAGCACCUGUCCCCCGGCGACCGCGUCAUCAUCCUGCCCGUGAUUGCGUGCGGCGACUGCGAGUACUGCAAGAGGGCGGAGUUCUCCCUGUGCGACAGGACGAACCCCAGCAAGGAGAUGGAGGGCAUCUACGGCCACCGGCUCGCCGGCAUCUUUGGGUACUCGCACCUGACGGGCGGGUACCCCGGGGACCAGGCCGAGUACUGCCGCGUGCCUAACGCGGACCUGGUGUGCGUCAAGGCGCCGCACGAUGUCGACGCGAAGAAGCUGGUGGGCCUGACGGACGUGACGACGACUGCGUGGCACGGCUGCGAGCUGGCCGAGGUGUGCGAGGGGGAUGUCAUCGGUGUCUGGGGCGCUGGGCCGAUUGGACUGUCUAUCGCCCGGCUUGCGAAGGAUGUGCGGGGCGCGAAGAAGGUCUACAUUGUUGAUGUUGACUCGCAGAGACUGGAGCUGGCCCAGAAGUUUGGACUGGAGCCGGUCGACGUCAACAAGCACAACGACGUCGCCGACUACAUCUUGUCUGUCCAGCCCGGUGGCCUGGACCGUGCCGUCGAGGCGAGCGGGUUCAGAAGCGCGGUCAGCGCCAAGCAUAGGUUCUUGAGAGACACCAUGCUUGAGAGAGACAGCGGCGACACUAUUGCGGCUGUGAUCAAGUCUACGAGAAAGUGUGGCAAUGUGGCCCUGAUUGGCGAUUUCUUCUUCGAGACGCACUCAUUCCCUAUUGGAAUGCUAAUGGAGAAGACAAUCACUCUCCGCGGGGGACAGCUUAUGGCUCAGAGGUAUCACCCGUAUCUCUUGGACUUGGUGGUUCAAGAUGAUUUCGAGAACGUCUCUGAUUGUUACGCGAAAUUCCACGAACAUAAAAUUCCAGGAGGAUUAAAGGUGUUGCUGACCACUGAGUUUGGCCGGCAGAAGUAG